AUAUACUCCUCUAGAUUUAAGAGAAAAUACUGAACUCUAUAUUUCACUACAUUCAUUCGACAAUUAUAGUUAUUUCGCAGAUGGACCUUAUCUUGUUAAAUACUGCACCGGGAUUAGCUAGCAGGAUGCAGCACGUUAGCAGUUGACUAGCUAGUGAACGUUAGCUUAAGUACAGAGAUAACUACACUUAUCUAUCAGUAUAGUCCUAAUAACAGCUUUAUUUCUGUGGGUGUGGGGGAAAAAACAGUUCAGAUUUGGCCCUGCAGACUCAACCAGGUCAGAAUGGAUUAUUUCUUCGAGGGCCUACCAGCAUCAUCCUCCUCCCACUCCACUCCCAAAACCGGACUUGAAGGAUUUACAGAUGACAGAAGAUACAGACCAUGACUCACCAAUAAGGAAAUCCUCAAGUGUGAGCAUAUCUGAGAUUCAAGAGCAUCAUACCAGCUUGAGCAUAGAUGACAUCAGAAGGAGAGCGCAGGAGCUAGUAGAAAAGACUAACAACAGCCGCUCAGCUGACCAGAGAGUGAUGGACAGCUUUCAGGAGAAGUUAGUGGAAAAGGUGACAGAAACUUGCCAGCAAGUGAAGGAGCACAUGUACACGGUCUAUGAGGAGAACAGUAACGUGAUGCAGGUGAAGCUGCAGGAGUUGUCUGAGGUGCUGGAACGCUGCACUAAGCUCAACAGUGAGCUCCUGGAGGCCACCCAGGCCCUGGCAGCUCUCAGAGAGGGUCUGGCCAUUAGCCAGGCAUCAGAAUCCCUAUAAACUAAUUAUUGCGCUGAUGUUUACAUGAUUUUGAACUGAUUCAUGUGUUAGUGAGCGUGUUUAUGUGCUCUUGUGUUUGUUAUUGUAUCAAGCAUUCAGAAUAGUUCGCUAGUUCAAAUGCUGAAGUGGAUAAGAUUACUCAUUUUGAUUUCCUCUGUUUUCUUCCUCUUUUUCCAAGAAUACACGGCUGUCUAUGUCUCUGUAGUUCAGGCUACAGCUCAUGGUUGGAGUCAGACAAAAGCUGAAUCCAUGUUUUAUUUAUGUUUGUUUUGAGUAUUGGUUGAUUCAAUAAAUACAACUACAGAAAACAAGAACACAAUAAACUGAUUUCUCUGAAUCUGUGGUGUUAAUAUUUUAGAUUUGUUCUGUAUUAUCAUGCCCCAUGGUGUCUUUUUAGUGCUUUUAAAUUCCACCAAACCAGAGAUAUAAAUUUUUUUUUUUUUUU